AUGAUUGAAAAUAUUGUUCAAUCUUUCAAGCAAGUGGAAGAGAAAGAGAAGGAAAAAGAGCUAGAUAAAUCAUGGUCUGAGCUUCCACUUCAUCUUCUUUGUCAAUUUUCAGCACACCUCAUUCUCAAAGACUUGAAUACUUUUCGUGCCAUUUGCAAAUCAUGGCGAUUAAGUAGUCCUAUGAGUCCACUUCUACCAUUAUUGGAACCCCCAUAUUCUCAUUCUCCAUGUCUGAUGUACUUGGCUAAACACAAAUGCACAUUCUUUCAUCCAAUGCAUGAUAAUGGCAGUUAUCAAAUGGAUCUUCCAGAGUUGCAGGAUGCAUUUAUUCGCUAUUCAAAGUAUGGUUGGCUUCUCUUGUCUAAAAUGGAUGGAAGUGUCUUUUUCUUCCAUCCCUUUGAUAGAAUUAAAAUAGAACUUCCAAAUUAUCCUUGCAAGGAAAUAUUUGAAUCAAUGAGUUUUUCAUCUCCCCCAACUUCUACUGACUGUUUUGUUAUUGGAAUCAUAUAUUAUGGAUCCAAAUUUAGCAUCAUUAGGCGUGGUGAAGUAACUUGGACUUUGUGCAAAUUUACGGAUUAUUUUCGACCUAUGGGUCAUUUCAUCAAUAACAAUCCCCUACUAUACAAAGGUCGUUGCUACCGGUUGGGUCUACAAGGGGAUGGCCUCCCAGUUAAAGUGGGAGUAUUUGAUCCGCAUGAAUACUUGAGUCAUCCUAAUCAAUACAAAUGUCGAUGGAAGUAUCUUUCCUAUAUUCCUCCUCCGGAAGAUUUCGAUUACUCACUCCGAAGUAGUUAUUUGUUGGAAAGUGAUGGGAAGCUUUUUGUAGUGUUUGAGCUCCAUGACAGUGAGCCAAGUAUUCAUAUUUACUCAUUGAAUCUCUCCUCGAUUGGACCAAGGAUGAAAUGGCAUAAGGUGACAAAUAUUGGAAAUAAAAUGUUAUGUGUUAGUUCCGGAGGUUCUUUCUUUGAAUUGAGUGUGGCAAAAGGUAUGAGUAAUAAGAUUUACGUGCCAAGUGUUCAAGACAACAAUAACAUAUUCUACUCUCUCGAAACUAAGAAGUACCACUCUUGUUUUACUGAUUAUUCGAGUAGAAAUAAAUCUCACGGAAGAGAACUACCCAACUGCACUUGGAUUAAACCCAGUUGCAUAGAUUUGGAUGAAGGAUUUAAAUGGUGA